UGAAAAAGAAAGACGGUACACUUCAGUUAUGUAUAAAUUACCGACAGCUUAACAGAAUGACCAUUAAGAACAAGUAUCUGUUGCCGAAGAUUGAUGAUAUUUUUGAUCAAUUACAGGGAGCUACAGUGUUUUCUAAGGUUGAUCUGAGGUCUGGGUAUCAUCAGUUGAGGAUUAAAGAACAGGAUGUACCUAAGACAGCGUUUAGGACUCGAUACGAUCAUUAUGAGUUCUUGGUCAUGCCUUUCGGGUUAACUAACACACCAGCAGCUUUUAUGGAUCUCAUGAACAGGGUGUUCCACCCUUACUUGGACAAGUUUGUUAUUGUGUUCAUUGAUGACAUCCUGGUUUACUCGAGAGAUAAUGAGAAGCAUGCUGCCCACUUACGUAUAGUAUUACAGACUUUGCAGGAAAGACAAUUGUAUGCAAAGUUUUUGAAGUGUGAGUUUUGGUUACAAGAAGUGGUAUUCUUGGGACACGUAGUAUCGAGAGUUGGAAUAUAUGUUGAUCCCAAGAAGAUAGAGACAAUUUUACAAUGGGAAAAACCUAAGACAGUGACGAAGAUUCAUAGUUUCCUCGGAUUAGCCGAUUCGAAGGCAGUUGGGACCUAUAUUGAGUCGCACACAUAUGCUUGCCUUAUUGGUUGGUACUAUGGCAUCUCAGUAGUUGUACCCUCACCCACUGUCACUCCGCUGAUGGUCAAGAGUCGUAUGCUUGUGUAUACAUAUAAGUAA